UUUCUACGCAUAUGCAUUAUGCAGCCGUACGAAUUCAUCUGGAUAGACCUUAAGAGCAUUGUAACCAAUCUUAGAAAUUCCCUAUUCGACACCAAUUAACGAUUUGAACUAAUUGUUGUUGUCGAUGUGAUAGCAUCUGUCAUACUCGGAUACAGCUUGAUAAUAAUGUUGCCGGUGCUCUUCUCGUGAAGAAUAUUAAUGUAAUACUUUAAUAAUCAUAUUAUUAUAUAAAUUGUAAAUGAAAGUGUUGAUAUUAUAUCGUAACUUCAAUUAAGUAACUUCAUGUAUAGCAGCCUUUAGUGUGCACUAGUGCGAGUAAUGCGGACAACUGAUUUGUUAUCAGCCUCUCCCGGGGGUGGAAUGCAGUGGAAUGUUCCGUCCAUGCGACUCUUUGGUCCAUGAUCGCGACUAAUUUCAAAGAACACGCGACGGACGAGGGUCUAAACUGUUAGCUGAUAUAGAACCCGAUUUAUUAAAGCGCUGAUUGAGACGUGAGUUUUAUCAAUAUGACGUGCGCGUGACACUUCGGGAGAAAGAUUAUUUGUCAGCUUUGGAAGUCGUCUGAUGUCUAAUAUUAUUGAGGAUCGCUCAACAUAUCGUUGGAUCGAGGUGGACCGCCACAACGAACAUCGUUUUCCGCUCAUCGCUGGCUCAUUGCAAGUCCUUGACAAUCGAUAAGAAAGCAUGCAUGUAUACAGUCUUGUGAGCCUCGCUGAGUCAAAGAAUACGGUGCGCAAAUGGCUAUCCUCGUUAAUUAGAGUCGAGCUUCUAAGGUUAGGAGGUUGCUACUAGCCAUGAAGAGUCCUGCAACAGCCCAACGCUUGAAUGGGACUAGUACGCAUCCUGUCUCGUCGCAGAGCCUCCAGACAUCAGGAAACAUAAAAUCUCGCUAUAGCAAUACCUCCAACAGUUUUCAAGUGGUGAAGGUUGCUGGACGCGAAUCCGGUUGUUACAUCGCCAAUAACAUCGUGCCGAAGGUCGGCAAGCAGCAAUUGGUGUCCUUGAACGGGGAUUCGGUGCGAUGUGACAGCGUUGAUGUCGACGAGGCGCUAGCGUGCGAUGUGGCGCCUAUACCGGCGACGAAAACCAAGGCUCUAUGUGUGCACAUCAGAGAAAACAAAUGGUAUGACGCUGGUAAUGUGGUUUCCGUGGGAGUAGCAGGAGCCAGCCUGAAUCAUGCUUUGGAGAGUAUGUCCUUGGCUUAUAAUCCUUCCACAAAGCAAUUAUAUUCUGUGGAAGAGACUAAAAUACCCAGUGAUGCACAAAUUGAUUGUACUUCUCAAUAUAUAGAAUCUCCAUGUAACGGUAAGGAACAAUCCUCCAGUGUAAAACUUGAUACAGAUAAAUAUUUGAAACUUGAAAAUGUUAGUGCAAAUAGUAGUCCAAGAAAUAGCUUGCCACGAUCGUGUAGUAGCACAGUGUCUUCCCUUAGUGAAAUAUCACCUUCAGGAAGUUUUUUGGGAUCUGACGAGCAACAUAUUGUAGAAAAGAAUGACAAGACAUCUAAACGUUGGGGAUUGAAUACAUUUUUUACGAAGAAUGUGUUUCCAUGGAAGAAUAAAGGUUCUCAACAGUCAACACCUACUGGCAGCCCAUCAAGAAAUAUUGACAAGGUAGGCGGUAGUACAGCCUUAAUUCAACAGCCGAGACCAGCAAAUUUGCCAGCUAAAACUGCAUUGGAAGAAGAACGUCAUCGUAAGCAAUACAAUGCUAUUUUAGAGGCAGCAAGAAAGAGAGAAUUGCGUGAAGAAAAAGAACGGAAGCAACAACGAGAAUAUCAGUUGAAAGAAGAAGAAAGAUUAGCUGAGGAUUCUAAUACGUGGAAUAUACAUGUUUUACCUAAAUUUGAAAGUGUUAAGAACACAAGGAAAGUAAAAGAGCUAUGGUGGCGUGGUUUACCGCCGAGUGUUCGUGGUAGAGUAUGGAAAUUAGCGAUUCCAAAUAAUUUAAAUGUAACGCCGCAUCUCUAUAAUCUUUGCUUAGAAAGGGCGAUGUCAUGCCCUAACAAUGAAUCACUAGCUGCAAUCAGAUUAGACGUAUCUCGUACCUUUCCUACCUUAUGUGUCUUUCAAGAAGAUGGACCACUAUCUGAUAGCCUUCAGGGUAUUUUGGCAGCUUAUGCUGUAUACAGACCGGAUGUAGGCUAUGUGCAAGGAAUGAGUUUUGUGGGUGCUGUGUUAUCAUUAAACAUGGAUCCACCAGAUGCCUUUGCUUGCUUUGCAAAUUUGUUAAAUUAUCCUUGCCACAGAGCCGCCUUCACAUUGGACCAAAAAAGAAUGAACACUUAUUACAAAGUAUACUCCAGUGCUCUUGCACAUAAGCUGCCAAAAGUCUUUUCCCAUUUCACUGUAGCUGGUUUGAGCCCAGACUUAUAUCUAUUAGAUUGGUUGUACACUAUAUAUGCUAAAGCAAUGCCUUUUGAUGUUGCAUGUAGAGUCUGGGAUGUCUUUCUUAGAGAUGGCGAUGAGUUCCUCUUCAGAACAGCAUUAGGAGUAUUGCACUUGUAUCAAGAAGAGUUACUGAAAAUGGACUUUGUACACGGUGCACAGUUUCUCACUAGAUUACCAGAAAAUCUACAGGUAGAAUCUUUAUUCAAUAGUAUUAGUCAGAUGUCUACUACUGUUGGAACGACAACGUUCCAGCAAAUGCUAGUUCAAUUUUCAUCUUAAUUUUAUGUAUUGAGAAGUAUAGCAAAAUUGAGAAUCUGAGUUAUAGAUAUACUUCCUUAUUACGAGGAUAAUGAAAAAUAAUCUGAAGCACGGACAAGCAUGAAUGCUUUAAUAGAUCUAUACUCAUUUUGUAUUUUUGUCUGGUAUUUUUCAAAAUGUGACAAAUCUUAGAUUUGUAAUAUCUUGAAAAAUAGUUUUUAAUAUACGAAAGCAAAACAGAGUACUAUUAAGCUUAAGGCUUAGCUCAAUUGUACAUAGGAAUUGUUGUAGUUAUUUGUUUUAAUUUUUAUGAUUUUAUUCUGAUAGCUUAUAACAGUUUUUCGUAAAUUUGUGAUGUUUAUAUAUCUGAAAUGCUCUUCAUCAAUCUUGCUUUAUAUAUCAACAUGUAUAUUACUAUAUACGCAUUGCUGCAUUUCAGCUUUGAGAUAUAUUGAUCUAUUCUUUAUAUAUCUAUUCAAUUUAUGCUGGAAACGUUUUCUUCAAGACUAAAGGGAGAUAUAUACGAAUACAACAUACGAUAUUAUGCAAUAUAUUGCUAUGACACAGAUAUUAAUCUCAUACAUAUGUAUAAUCCUAUUCAUGAAUAGAAGUAAAUAUCGUCGGAAAUAAGCUUCUCAGCUACAAAAUAUUCAAUCGCUACUUACAAAUUUUCGGAAUGCUGAUUUCCAUGACAGUGUAUCACGAUAAAUAUGUAAUGAAAUAACUGAGAUUACGUGCCACAAAACAUUUCGUACGAAAAUUUUAUUCAAUACUGGCUUAUGUGAAAAGGCGAAGUUAAAUAAUGCGUGCAAAACAUAAGUAUAAUAUGUUAAUGAUCUAACGAAUUAAGGGGAGAGCAGCUUUCAUAAUUUAUAAAACAUCAGUCGUAUAUUUGCUACAAGCAUACUGUUUAUAUAAAUGCACUUUUCUCUUUUGACGCAUAUUAAGUACGAUUUUUAUGCAAUUAGAGUUCUUCCCAGCGCGAAUCAACGCGUUCUGCCUGCAUUAUUUUGCUUCGUUAUUUUUAGUCUUCGGUCCAUAGCGCCGAUAACUAUGAGAUUAUUUACAGCGAAGCGUGUGAUAAAGGGUUCACAAUAUACAACAGAAGUUUUAUUAAUCUAUACGUUUUGAGUCAGCAUUUAGAUGAGUCACUAUAGAUAGUGUCAGUCUAAAACACUCAUUGAUCGCACAAAUGAUCGACUAAUAUUAUGUAAAACACUGCAAUCAAAACGCAAUACUAUUAUUUUACAUAAUCUCAUAGAAAUAAGUGAGAAUUUGAUAAAUAUCGUGAAUACCUCACAUUAUUUAUAUCAGCGACUACUGUUUCCACAGAUACUUGUAGGUCUACUCAUUCUGCUUGCCUGUAUCUUGUUUAUAUUACAAAUGAGAUAUAUGUAUUUCAUAUUAUUAUAUGUCGGUAGACGAUGAUAUAUUUGGGUAUAAUUUCAAUCUUCCAAGCUGUUCUACGCAGUUAUUGCAACGUGCUUGCGACUGUUAUUCUGCAACACCAUAAAUAGCAAUUUCAAAACAGGUCGAUCGAUAGUAUUAGAUCAUACUUAAAAUGGUAAAAAUUUUUUUAUAUCGUGCACAUCUCCAUUUUAAAUAGAGUGCAGCACGCAACAAGAACAUACAAUAAGCUUAUUGCAUAAAUUGCUUGAAAAUGCAUUUUAGAGAUUACUCCCUUAGAAUAAAGUUCGAUAAUUACAUAGAAAGUUCCUAAACUUCAAAUUUAUCCUAUUUUCAUUAUAAAGGCCACUCAAAAGAUGGGACGUCAUAAGAUUUCGCUAUUUCACUAAAUAAAUUGCCGUAUCAUAGCGACAAUAAGGAAAAAAAAAAUAUAUAUAUAAUCGGAUUAUAACGUCUUUCGACGUUGUUCAAUGCCUAACUUCCAUUUCGUUCUAUUUCUCCAAUUUUCUUUCCCUAGGUCUCUCUCACUCAUUUUAUUUUUAUUUAUUCAUUAUUAGUGAUUUUCAGGCUGUUUUGUUCGUAUAAUUUUAUUAAUCGGUCUUCGUUAUCAUUCAUAGUAUUCUCUCCAAGGGCCAAUGAGUUUGCUGUUUAGAUUUUCCAGUUUUGCUAUUUAAAUCGCCUAGUAUUAUUAUUUCUCUGGUCUUCCCAACAUUAUUUCAUUGUUCAAUUUGUUGAAGAAGUUGUCUUUAUCAUAGACUGAUGCAUCAUUCGACACCCCAUAUAUGCCAAACAGUGAUUUUCAUUUGCAUGAUGUUUAAAUAAAUUUUUAUUAUAUUUUCUGUUAUUGGGUUCCAGUCAGUGAAUUUUUGUUUUCUGUGAAUGAGUAUAGAAUUAUAUUAAUUUUAAGAUUUUCUGCUCCUUAACGAUUUCUUCUAUUUUUUCUUUACAUCCCUGAGUGUUCUAUGUACCUAUAUUUAUAAUCCUUUUUCUUUGCCAUAUUCGUCUUUACUUGUUUUCAUCGUCUCCGAGAUUAUUGUUAGGCUUUAGGCCGCAGUAUUUAGAUGCGAUCAGUGAAUGUUUUAGAGUGACACUAUAUGUUUUAUAUAAAAUAUAUUCAUGAAUCGAGAUAAAUAGUAGACACUUGGUCUUGAGAUGUGAGCUGUAGCGAACUCACGAAUGUAAUAUCCUAGUUUUUAAUUGACAAUACUCUCAUUCCAUCCAUUAUUCCAAAUUACUACUACUUAGCGAUCAUGAACAAUGCAUAACGUAUAAGUUUAUAGAUUAUGUAUAUAAAAGCACAAAUGGAUAAGAUGUAAUUAGCCUAGAAUACGAAAAUUAAGUUAUUUUGGAACUCUAAACACAUAGAAUUACAACUAUGUAUGUAUGAAUUAACUCUACGUAUGUAGAGAAGCAAACGCGCUCAUGCACUUAUGUGCCACAGACUUUUUCCAUCAGGAUGUAUUACUAAAUAAUGAUCAAUCUCAAUGAUACGACAGAUCAAUCUUCGUAUGCGCGGAAAUUAAUGACAAGAUAUUAACAUUUGACAAAUUAUCAAUUUUUUGAUGCUCAUAUGUUGAAAUGAAUUGAGAUUUACAGUUUAAUUGACGAUAAUACGUUGAUACGAACUUUUUAUGAUUUUUUUUGCUAUGAAAGAUCUGUAUAUGUAUUAAGCUUUAUAUAUUAAAUUACCAAAACAUUUAAAAAUGCAGUUUAAAAGAUACAUUUUUUACAUAUAUAUUUAUUUUGAUUAUUGUGUGAUAUUUUUAAUUUGAAUUUGCAAAUUUUAUUUAAUGAUUCUAAUGUAUCCAACUUUGAUUUCCUUUUUAUUGAUACAAAGUUAUUUGUAUAUUACUGUGAAUAUCUUUUGUUAUGAACGUAACGUCAUUAUUUUUGUGAAAUAACUGAUAAUGAUGUGCCAAUUGUAUCAUGGAUGUAAGAACGAUAGACGAGAAGACCGUUUACAAGCGAUAUCUCCAUUUAUGCUAUAAAUAUACUAUCAGUUUUUGUGAUUAUCAACAGUAUACUACGACGUCGGAUUAAGCUGAUGGCUAUUUUAAUCAAUAAUCGAUAAAAUUAUCCAACUUUUUAAUGAUGAAUAAUAAAAUGGUAUAAAAAUACGAAGAACACAUUGAGACAUUAAUUAAACAACAAGAAUAGCUUUAUCCGUUCUUAUUGUGAAGCGUGCGAGUCUUAUAAUUUGUCCGCCUUAUCGAUUUAAUAUCACAUUGUAAUUAUAGAUGUGAUAUACUAAAAGCAGAAAUGUAUGUAUGUGUAAUUGUGUGUAUAUGUGGUGUGCUGUAUGCUUGUAUAUGUAUUGAUUGCAUUAAAAUACUUAUAGGUAUAUCUAUAUAUUUUGCCUAGAAUGUAGAAAAUGCAUUUUAUGUGAUUGUUUGUUUCUUUCUGAUCAAAGUAAUUUGUAUCAUAGAAGAUAAUUGACUAUCUUCAAAUUCACAAAGCACAUUAUUUUAUAAAUGAUAAAUUUGUUUAAUUAUCUUUAAAAUAUAUCCAAAUUUUAUCACUACAUUGAUGUUACAAAUAAUACAUAUUCUGUAGAUAUACCUAUGUGUAUUUUAAGUCUUUAAGUUUUGUCCAUUUAAGAUUGAAGAUACGAUGCCUAAAAAAAUGAUGAUAAACUAAAAUUGUAUAAGUGCAAAUGUUAAACAUCUAUGCACAAACAACAUGCAUGCACUAUGUGACACUUCUGUGUUCCUUGUCGUUAGUGCCUCGAUAGAGGAACUCAUUGUAUAUUUUAUACGCGUUUUAUCGUGUACAUUUACCUUAAGUGCAAUAUUGUAAUAUAUAUUUUUUAAAGGAUCGAUCCUAGUAUUUAUUUUGUCAAAUGUAGCUAUCAGGAAACAUGUAAAGUAUACAUAGAGACGUUAGCAAAUUAGAAAAAAAUCUUCAUAUUUUUUAAUACGAAAUUGGAGGAAGAAUUUGCUGGGAAGACGAGAGAGUAAAAUGACUAUGUUUGUAUUAAUUAAGUAUACCGAAUCUCGCAGAUGAUUUCAUAAGAAUAUAAUGCGCAACGACGUCUCUAACUAUGCUUUUUUAUUAAAAGGAAUCUUACAGUACUGUGAGAAUUAUUAUGUACAUAAUCACAUGCUUGCUUCCUAAUUUAAUUGAAACAUAAAGGUUAAUGAUAUUUACCGCAAUACUAUAAUGACCAUUUUUAUAUCAUGUAAUGGAUUACGAACGAGAUUGAAAAAAAAAACGUAUUAAUACGCAUAUGAGAAACAUUGUAAAUGAUGCCAGCAACAUAUCUCUAUAUGGAUGACUUUUUUUCCUAUAUGAAUAAAAACUAUGCUCUAUGACAUCGAA